GUUCCUCUCUCUGUCUUGUGACCUCGUCCAACGCGUAUCUCGUUCCACGUAUCUUCCUUCAAGCUUUGUCUUGUUACCUUAAUCAAAGUAACUCAAGUAUCCUCUGCUUUAUCAAUCAAGAUGAAGUUCAAUCUUCUCUACAUCGUGGCCCUGUUCGUCACCUUCGUGGCGUCCGCCGCUGUGUCCGGCCUUGGUGAUGAUGAGUUCUUGCUGAGCAACAAAGAUAUGUCUGGCUUCGAUGACUUUACUCUGGCUGACCUUCCUGUCGCCACUGGUGAUGAAGGCACCUCUGCCUCUGACAUUGAGGACACUUCUGCCUCUGAACUUGAGGACACCUCUGCUUAUGACCUUGAGGGUACCUCUGCUUAUGACCUUGAGGAAAACGAUCUGUUUGCCCGUCAGGCUAGAUGCCAUCGUCGCUGCGGUCAGGACUCUGACUGCUGCCCCAGAUGGGUUUGCGUCCUGCACGUGUGCAUGGGACCCAAUCACUGAAGUGGCUUGC